UUUUCACAGCCGAACAGUAAUGCGGUGUAAACAAUGUUGCACGCUCAUCAAUCAGUUUUAAUUGUUGCUGUACUCGAUGUACUUUGAGCAAGACAUUUUUCAUGUCCUUAGAUUACCUAUGUUUCAAGCUGAAUAAUAAAGCUGAUGUGAAAUAAUUACAAGUUUCAGCACAGUCUCUUUCACAAGGAGAGACAGACAGAGAGAAAGAGAUGACAGAUGAUUUACUAAAACUUGAACAAAAUUUCAUGAGAAUUAAACUGGUAUCCUUUGUAAAAGUGACGAUGGAGUGUGCAGUUUUCCCAAGAGGGAAAAAGUGGGAGGGCAGAUCCCACCUUUUAUUAGCAUGCAAGAUAGUCCGUACGCCGCAGGUAGACUGGUAGUACCACUGGUACUACUGGUAGGGGGCCGUCUACCAGUAAUGUACGCGUUGAAAUAAUACUGGAGCGUCUCGAAACGUUGAGUUUUAACAGUUUUUCUUUACUUUUUUUUUUUAAAUUAAACCACGAAUCAUGAGAGGGUCAUUUAACUCGAAUGCGCGCUGUUUGUAUAUUAAAAUAAAGCCUCUUUCAACGAUCUGUGAUAUUUUAGGCGUGAUCUCAGGUGGAAUGCCGAUAUCAUGCAAAAGUGCUUAUUUCGCAUCGUUUACACUUGUGUUAUCUCCAACGAAUAUCUUAUGAAGCCGAAAUAGAUCGGUUAUCGGCGUUCACUCCAACUUGGACAACUUGCCAACUCGCCAGGCGUGCAAGCAGUGUCGAAUUGAAAAUGGACGGAGUAAUAAGUACACGUGCAUAUGUGGUGCAUAUGUAUAAGCUCGAAAAGGCAGAGAGACAGUAGUUUCCUUAUUCUAUUCGAGAAACUCCUCCGAGAAACUUCUCCUAAGUUCGUUAAAUCACUUGAAUGGGUGAUGCGUCUUUGGGCAAAGUCAACGGAAUGCCGUUGACGUUUUUGUUACUUUCUUGUGCAAUUACUACUAUCUAUGGAUUUCAUCUCCCAGAAGCUCUGGACACCGCGGAAUGUCUAUCGUCGUGUAGAAACGAGACCUGCCCAAAUAACUGUUUGCAACCUACAGGCGGGUUCGAGCCUUCUCCGGGAAUAGAGGAGGAAGCUGGCGCGAACGUUACUUUACACUGUAGAGGAACGAACACCUUGAUAAUUAAACAUAAUCCCGAGAGCUAUGUUAUUCAACGAAGCGUCUCCGUCGACGCUUGGGGUGCAGCCGUAGUGAGCAAUGCCGGAUUGUCGAUAUUUUCAAACUUGACACCAGACACACUUUAUCGUUAUCGUUUACACAGAAUAACACAGCGCGGCUACUCAUUAGCCGAAACGUCCGAUUGGUUUUCAACUUACGCAGUUGAUUACCAACCAAGCCAAAUUCAACACAUUUCACUUGUAAAAAUUCAACAAGAAGAUAAUAACGUGUGCAAACUACAAGCAGAGAUUGCUUUCGAACCUGUUGAAGACCGGAGCUGUAGCUAUGAUGUGUUAACUUGGUCAGGGGAACACGAUUUGAUUCAUUUUAAGAAAAAGAUUUUAGAUUUCCGCUUUCCUCUUAGACACUUACGGUACAAUCAGAAUUAUACUAUAUCGAUCAAAUCGGGUAACGAUGACUUUUCCAAAGUCAGUAAUGCAACGACGUUUACUUUCGUCACACCAUCGUGUCUACAAAUUUUUCCCAAUUUAAGCAUUUGUGCACCUGAAAAGGUAAAAGGUUUGCAAACGGAGUACAUUCGAAAGCAAAGUGAUGGAUCGUAUGACGUUGCAGUUAAUUGGGACAAACCCAUUCUACAGCCGGACAAUUAUACGUUGCAAUUUGACUCGUUUCAAUUCAAACCGCGUUUACUGGUUGUAUCUGGAGAUGCGGUCAGAGCUCUCUUCUCUAACGUCGAUGUGGGACUGCAAUACGAAAUCAAUAUUGUGGCAGAAUCAAUGGGUGGUAUAAGUUCACGAUCGACUAUAUUCGGAAGUGUUGACGAAACAUCAGAACCAUCUUAUCGCGAGAUCAUCGUCACGUCAACAUUAGUGAUUGUUGCGGUGGUGUUUGGAAUAAUCUGUAUACAGCGUCGUAGAAACAAGAAUAAGCGAACCAAUAUGGAAUAUAUGCAUUUUCAGGGCUCUGUGGAUUCUCUUAAGAAACCCUUAAAACGGGAUUAUGCGGGAGAUAGUAGUCUCGCUACUCUUUUGCCUCAUGAUAAAUUUCAACUUGCUCCGCAACAGCUGAAACUUAAAGGUAUAUUAGGCAGCGGAGCGUACGGUAUUGUUAGACUUGCCGCGUUGCAAGAUGAAUUUGGCGUUAGCGCAGACGUAGCCGUUAAAAUGAUGAAAGAUAAUCCAACGGUAGAAGAUAUAACAAAUUUUCAUCAAGAGAUUUCAAUGAUGAAAUCCGCUGGUCAGCAUCCAAACAUAGUAUCUUUAAUUGGAUAUUGCACCCUGAACGAUAAGCCUUUAUUAGUAGUGGAAUAUUGUAGCAAGGGUGAUUUACAAACGUAUUUAAGAACGAUUUGGCAAAAUUUAGUGAAUGCCGUAUUCGAAUGUAGAACUCACUUGAAAUCUAAUGUGGCAACUGUUGCUAAACACAACACAGAUCAAGAACAAUGUGUCUCCAAUUAUAAGAUUAAUACUCGUACGAUCGCCAAUCGCUUGUACGAUAUUCAACAAGAUGUGAUAAGAUACACAGAGAAUAUUACUUCUGCCGAUUUAUUGAAUUUUGCUAGACAAGUAGCUACCGGAAUGGAAUUUUUGUCGUCUAAUCGGAUAGUGCAUCGUGAUUUGGCUGCUCGUAAUGUAUUAGUGCGACCAGAUAGAGUGGUGAAAAUUUCAGAUUUUGGUCUCAGCCGGGAUAUCUAUCGAGAGAAUGUUUAUCGAAAGAAAGGCAAUGGUAAAUUGCCUUUAAAGUGGAUGGCAAUCGAGGCCUUAACACAUCAAAUAUAUACUACUUACAGCGACGUGUGGGCUUUUGGUAUCUUAUUGUGGGAGAUAGUUACAUUAGGUGCCAUGCCGUAUCCUGGUACUCCCACAAAUAGAAUUUUGCAAUUUCUCAAAUCUGGCUAUCGAAUGGAAAGACCGCCGAAUUGUAGUCGAGAAUUAUACAGCAUAAUGUAUUCGUGUUGGAAUAUGAGACCGCAAAGUAGACCUACUUUUAGUGAAUUAAAGCAAAGCUUGGAUAAAUUGCUGAGCAAUUAUUCAGAAAAUAAAUACUUGAAUCUGUGUGAUGUUCUAUAUGAAUCAACUGACGAAAGUAGCGAAUCAAGAUCGAUUAAUGUAUGUUAAAUAUAGAGUACAACUGAUUAAUUAAUUAGCUCAUCGAGAGUCGUCAAUUUUUAUUGUGUGCAAAAUCGUUUAUUUUCUAAUUAUACGUACAAUAAUUUUUGGUAUAUAAUUUCUUCUUGCAGUAUACAUGUGUGGGUGGUUGGAUGGGUGCGUGCAUGCAUGCGUGCGUGCGUGUGUUUGUGUGUGUGUAAGGGCGCGCACGUGUACACGCGGUAUACAAAUGUUACUUGAAAUCUUAAAAAAAACUCAGUGAUAAAUACAUCAACUUAACUGAAGCUUCUUUCUAUUUAUUCGUAGUUAUUAAAUCAUUAAUAAUAUUUUUAUACACAGUAUUCCGUAAUGCAUGUUCAGAGUUUAUACAAAACUUAUUUGAUAUACAUAUGUAUCUUCGAUAUACGCAUCUUGUUUUAAUCACUUCUUUUGCUUUAUCUAGAAAAUACAAGAAUGAGUCAUGUAUAUGAAUAAAGUACUACCAAUUAUA